UUCAGUUUGAAAGAGUCGCGCAACGAGAACAGUUGAUAAAAUCUUAAACCAACCGCUGUUACCGUCAUCCGGCGCUUUAACUAUAUCUCCAUUUGAAAUUGACUCAGUCACAUCCCUGGAGUUGUGUGCGUGUGUGCCACAGCGUUUUUGUGUGUAUAUCGAAAACUUGUAUAAUCAAUCAGGAUAAUUGUGUCCCUUUGCUAGUGCAUUUUAUCAAUUGUCAAUUUCAGACAUAGGUUAAUCAUGAGAAACAAUUGCAACGCAAUUCUUUUGGCUACAUUUGUAACAUGGUCAGCCAUAUUGUGCGGCAGAGUUUGGGGAACUACAGAGGGGCUAGAGACACCAUUAGCUCUACCUGUAUCUGAGCAUACACUGCCUACCACAGCUAUACAAGGCGAAGUGUGGGAGGAAGAUGAUCACGAAGUGUUAAUACGCAAUGAACGCGGCACAAAAAAUGAUGGUUUGUCAUGCCGCUAUGGAAAGAAUCCAUGGACAGAAUGUGAUACGAAGACCAACACCCGAUCUAGGACUUUGACGUUGAAAAAAGGAGAUCCAGCUUGUGAUCAGACACGCACCAUCCAAAAAAAAUGUAAAAAAGCUUGCCGGUAUGAGAAAGGCUCUUGGUCUGAUUGUGCAACUGGACAAAUGACUCGUGCUGAUAAGUUGAAGGCGAGCAGCGAUCCGUCUUGCGAAGCAACUCGUAUUAUCAAGAAGAACUGCAAGCCCGGAAAAUCCAAGGACAAGAGUGCUAAGGAGCAGCGUAAAAAUAAGGACAAAGCUGCUCGCAAAGGACGCGUUUAAUUAACUUAAUAAUACCCGAUGCAAUAGUAUGCCCAAUCGUUUGUUUAUACCCCGGAAACCAAAUAUUUUUACAUUGAUCUCCUUUUUGGUUUAAGAUACAGAUUCAAAAUACGCAUGCAUAUGUUAAGCAACAAGAUAAAUGGUAACAAAUUUAACACAAAAUAUUUAACGAUUCCAUUAAGUGUUGUAGUUUGGUUUCCAUGCAAAUGCGAGACCAUUAUUAUAGUAAAAGGCCAACAACUAUUUUAUGGAAAGUAUGCAACAUAAUACAUACAUAUUUAUGCCAAAAAUGCAAAACAUAUAUUCAUAACUACAUACACAUACCUAUUUAUUUAGUUAUAUAUUUGCUAAUACCAUAAACACUUACAAACAUUUAAUCAAAUUAUAAAUACUCAAAAUGGGCGGUUGCCAAACUGAAAUCUAAAGAACCCAUAAAAUUGUCAAACAAUUAAAAGUCAAAACCUUUCCAUGAAACUAGUACGUUGUUCUUUAAUUGAAUUUUACAUAAAAUAUACAACAUUUCACGGAAACCAACACAAAAAAAAAAAAAAAAAUGUAUGUAAGAUUUUUCGUGAAUAAAAAAUAUCAGCUUCUAUAUUUGAUCUCAAGAAAAUCAGAGAACGGUAAAAUACAUUAUAUAUAUAUAAUGAAAAGAAUUAAAAAACAAAACCGGAUCAAGUUUGUCAAGCAUUAAAAACAAGAACAAAAAUAAAAACACUUAGUGUAAAUAUUGUAAAAAUAAUACAACAGUAUUGAAUAUACCUAAAGACAGUGGAAGCGAACAAUCGAUUUGGAACAGUUGUCCGAGUUGCUUUCGUAGCUGUUCUUUAUUUGCGAUUGGCAUUUUAAAUUACAUUUGAAAAAUAAAUAUCAUACACAUAACCUUCAACUUCAUUGAUACAAUUGAUAUUAAUACAUAAUCACUCAUACAAAUACACACACACUCACAUAGCUCUCCCAUUCCCAAGUUUUAUUGAAACAACAAUUGAUGUUCUAGGAAAUUGUCAUCAUCUUCCUCAAAGAGAAACCAAAAUAUAUAGUAUUCAACGUAAAUAAACGACGUGUAAGACUAUCGAGCAGUUGGUCUAGCUGAUAUAUAUUACAUAGUUCAAUAAUUUUACCAUUACAAGACAAUGGUUUGUCUUUUUAAUAAAGAAAAGUAUUAAAAACAAAACAAAAAAAUAUUUAAAAUUAGUAUGUUAGUUACGACUUAAUGUAUUUGCAUAUAAGCAGUUUCUACACAAUACUCAUAUUCGAUAAUACCCGCAAAACCAAAAACAACAACUAGAAAAAGAACAACUCCACUCUACAGUAAAGUGGCAAUAAAACGUAUUUAACUGAAA